AUGCUUGGCGGCAAGGGCUUUGCUGCAGUUGCUGCUAGGAGCUGCUGCCUCUGCAGCAGCCCCCAGGCGCAACAGCGCCCAGCAGCAGCAGCGACAGCAGCAGCAGCAACAGCAGCAGCAGCAGACCCCUACAGCUGUGUGUCGUGGAGGAGAGGCACCAGGUGCUUUGCGAGGGCAUGUGGCGACCAGACGCGGCGCUUGCACCUCGCAGGUAGCCCCGCUGGAGCAGCAGCAGCAGCAGCAGCAGCGAAAGCUGCAGCAGCAGCAGCACCUACAGCAGCAAGAAUAGCAGCAGCCCUUGGCAGCUGCCCAGGGAAAGCCCGCAGGCUUGCGGCUUCGCCUCUCUACAGCAAACUGCCGUGGCCUGCUGCACCCGCCCCAGAGGCCCAAUAUGCCUCUUCUGCAUUUCAAGUUAUUUCUACUAAGUCCAGAGACGGGCAGUUAAAUAGACAAAUGAGGGCCAUGCAUGGGCCCCCAGCAGGUGAUAGCCCACAGGGGGCCCCCGAGGAGCGGCCAGUGCCGGGGCACAGCAGCAGCAGCAGCAGCAGCGGGAACAGCAGCACCAGCAUGGACAGCAGCAGCAGCAGGGACAGCAGCAGCAGCAGGGACAGCAGCAGCAGCAGGGACAGCAGCAGCAGCAGGGAUAGCAGCAGCAGCGGUGGGGCUGCCUUAGACUUUGCCGAGGUGUAUAUGCCUCGGCGUUCUCCUGGGGAGCAGUCAGCAGCAGCAGCAGCAGCAGCAGCAAAGCUGGCUUUGUACCCUACCUCGGGGCGUGGGGUGUCUAGACAGGCCACACAGAGCGAAGGCGCAGCAGCAGAUUCGGGGGGCCCCAGGGGCCCCCGAGAUCGCCAGAGGCCCCCACUUUUGUCUGCAACAGAUGCUGCUGUUGCUCGCAUCAAGGAACUGGUGCAGCAGUACAACGAGCAGCUGCAGCAGCAGCAGAAACAGGGGGCCCCUUUGCCCAAGGCUUCGGGGAUCCGCAUUGCUCUGCGGCGCCAGGGCUGCAGCGGAAUGGCCUAUGAUGUCACACUCUACACAGAGGGGCCCCCCUUGAGCAGCAGCAGCAGCAGCCCCAGCAGCGCAGCUGGUGCUGCAGGCGCUGCUGAGGGGCCCCCGGUGGCCCCCCGGGCUGCUGCGGGGGGCCCCCGCUCCCGCAAGGGCAAGGACUGGGGGAAAGACGAAGUGGUUAAAGUUGGGGGAGUUGAAAUUCGAGUUGCUGCUGAUGCAGUUAUGAUGCUGGUGGGGACUCAGGUUGAUUUCGUUGAUGAAGAUGUACAGACUGGCUUUGUUUUCAACAACCCCAACCAGAAACAGUCUUGCGGCUGCGGGAAGAGCUUCAUGGUAUAG